GUAGAUAAUUUAUGAUUAAGAAUGUUAAAUACCUGUAUAAGAUCUGUUAACAUUCAAUUACUCUGUAACAGAGGGUUCAUGUAUCACUUGGGCAGGUCUUAUGAUUUAUUGGUAAUGUUAUUUAUUAUGUGAUCUCGAUCUGACAGUUUUACUCAAAAUCUCAAAAACUGAAACACCGGUUGUGUUCUGUGUCGAGCUGUAGUGAGACAGUUGCAUGGUGCUGUGUGGUGUUUUGUGGGGAAAACACUUGAGCACACAGUUGGGGUACUGUUGAUGGUUUUUGUGGUACUCAGGAACAUGAACAUGUCCAGAUCUCAAUCAGCAGCUCCAAACUGUUUUAAAUGAAUACUGUAAUAAAAUAAAUAAAUAAAUAAAUAAAUAAAUAAAUAAAUUAACAAAUUUAAAAAAAACAAACAUACAGGUCAGUACAGAUUCGCAGCUCUAUGACAUCAAACACUACUCACUUCCCAACAUUAUCUACAAAUAUCACUACUUGAUAUCUUUUGAAAAUCAACCCACUUUGUAAAAAUAUUAUUGGCAUGAUAUACUUUUUGAUUAGUUCACAGAAUUUAAAAUGUUUGAAAUAUGUUAAAAUUAAAGUUAAAGUUAAAAUAUUACGUUUGGCAGCAUGGUGGUGCAGUGGGUAGAUUUGCCAGUUGCUUGGUCCAUGUGCAUGGAACUGUGGGUUUCCUCUGGGUUCGCUGGUUUUCUUCCACCUUCCAGAAACAUGUUGAUAGAAGGAUUGGCAUCUCUAAAUUACCUCUAGGUGUGAAUGUAUGUGCAUGGUGCCCUGGAAAAGACUGCCAUUCUAUUCAGGGUGUAUUCCCACUUCACUGCCAGUGUUCCUGGGAUAGACUCUGCAGGAUCCUGACAGGAUAAAACGCUUACUGAAGAUGAAUAUAUGAAUAAUUCCAUUCCACAAAGCAGACGUGUGAAUACUGUUAAACUGUUCUUCAACAUGGAGGAAGAAACCCAUGAAAGCUCAUUUGGGCCUCAAGAAAAAAUAAGUUUGAGCUCAUCCAUGAAUGCAAACCGUUGCUAUGGCUCCAUAGCCAGCGAGCCAGAAGAGAACCAAACUUUCACCACCAAUGUAAACGACAGCAAGCUCUCUCGUCGGAGAUCUUACGUUGCCGUGGCUGUGCUGUGCUACGUGAACCUGCUCAACUACAUGGACCGCUACACUAUCGCAGGAGUUCUGUCUAGCCUCCAGAAAUACUUUGGCAUCAGUGACAGCACAUCUGGACUAUUACAGACAGUUUUUAUUUGCAGCUUCAUGCUGCUGGCUCCAGUCUUCGGGUACCUUGGAGACCGUUACAACAGAAAACUGAUCAUGGUGGGCGGGAUGAUCGCAUGGAUUGUCACAACACUGGGCAGCUCUUUUGUCACGGCAGAGUAUUUCUGGGUGCUGGUCCUCAUGCGAGCCUUGGUUGGUACUGGAGAGGCCAGUUACUGCACAAUAGCUCCAACCAUUAUUGGAGACCUGUUCACUGGCUCCCAAAGAACCCUCAUGAUUGCCUUCUUCUAUAUCUUCAUCCCUGUUGGAAGUGGUCUUGGGUACAUUCUGGGAGCCACAAUCGCUACUGCUACAGGAGACUGGCGUUGGGCCCUUAGGCUGAACCCAAUUCUGGCGCUACCCGGGUUGAUACUUCUAGUAUUCCUGACCCCCAACCCUCCACGAGGCGCCUCCGAAACAGAUGGAGAAGCAUGUAUAGAGCACACGUCUUACCUAGAGGACAUCAAAUAUCUACUCAGGAACCGGAGCUUUGUGUGGUCCACUCUGGGAGUGACUGCCAUGGCUUUCGUCACAGGUGCAUUGGCUUUCUGGACACCCACCUUUAUGUCUCGGGCUCGAGUCAUCCAGGGCAUCACUGCUCCGUGCUCAGAAGAACCAUGUGACCCUUCAGACAGUUUUGUCUUUGGGGGAAUCACGGUGGUGACGGGUAUUGUGGGCGUUUUCAUCGGAUCCUUAAUAUCUAGGCAGCUGAGAGACAAAGUGGCCAAUGCUGACCCUCUCAUCUGUGCUGUGGGAAUGCUCAGUUCUGCUCCUUGCUUGUACAUCGCCAUGGUCCUGGCAUCCAUCAGCAUUCCUGCCACAUAUACGUUUAUUGGUAUUGGAGAAAUCCUACUUUCUCUGAACUGGGCCAUUCUAGCUGACAUCUUACUGUAUGUUGUUAUACCAACCCGAAGGGCAACAGCGGAAGCUUUACAGAUUUUAACAUGUCACCUACUUGGUGAUGCAGGAAGUCCAUAUCUUAUUGGCAUAGUCUCAGAUGCUCUGAGUAAGCUUAAACCCGACUCUGCUGACUGGAGGUUCCGCAGUCUAGAGUACAGCGUCAUCCUGUGCCCUUUCAUCGGUGUUCUGGGAGGCCUUUUCUUCCUCCUGACUGCCCUAUAUAUCAAAGAGGACAGGAAAGCUGCUGAGAUGCUGACAAAAGGAGAAACUCCAGACCAAGCUGAACCCGUCACAGAGUCAACAUGACCAAUAAGCACACGCUCAAUAGCACACUGAAACUACUGGAGAAAAAUUGAACCACUGAAGUUCAUAGGCACUGCUCUGUAAAUAUUGCAAAUAUUGUGAUUUCCUUUUAACAUGUUUUAAUACUAUUUUUAUUGUUCUUUUUUAUGGACCAUUGUGCAGUUAUAUACAGUUCAGUUUUGUCAAAUGGUAUUUUCUAUGUCUAUGAGUAUGUCGAUGUGUAUACUUUAGGAGAAUCUUUAAUCCCACCAGCCAUAACACCUAACAGGGUUCUCAGACAUCCUUAUUUGAUAUCCUGAAUUAAGGAGAUCAGUAAAAAAUAUUUUACAUCUGUGACUGUCCUGUGCUCUUUAAUAAACACCUACAUUUUUAAAAACCCCAGUCAGGAAACUUCUAGGCAGGGAGGCGGUUCUCUCUACCUGUCAGUUAUAAUAUAAGCCCAUAUAAGGGUAUGCUGUAAAUGAGUGAUGGAGUAGGAGACAACACUAGGUACAAGGUCUUCUCAUCUCCGCUUAAAACUCACUUUUCCAGUUUAACCAUGUACAAUAUUACAUUUUUAUCUCAUUAUAAUUGUUUAAGCAAUUAUGUUGAGUUUCACUUAUGUUCACAGUUUCAUUAAGGAUUGUUUGUGGUAUGUUGUUGCAGUGGGUAACAUUGCUGCCUUACAGCUCCAGGGUCCCCGGUUUGAUCCUGAGCUCAGGCUACUGUCUAUAUGUGCCAUGUCAACAUUAGAAUCGGUAUCAAACUACAAUUCCCAGAGUACAGCGUGGCCUACACACGUGGCUGCCGAGCACUACAACUCACAGCCAUUACACUGGGUAUGUCUCAACCAGCUCCCUAGUUCAGUAGGUGGUGAAUCAGUAUAUUGUGUACACACAUUUGGGCACUGGAAAUGACUUAAAGACUCACUACACAUUGGGGCACUGAAUUUCUGGUGACAUGACUAUAUACUCGCGUCAUAAAACCUCACCAAAAAUGUCAAAAUAUUUAAGUUUUAUAUGUUAUAUAAAUUUGUUAGCUUAAUCACACAUAUUUCUGUCAUAAUAUUUCAAGCAGAAUCAUAGUCAAGCUAGUGGAUAAAAUCAUUAAACCCUUAAUAGCCGAUAGACUCAAACUGUAUAUAGAGCGUCAGAUGAAGUUAAAAUUCUGUUUUUUCUCAUCGUGCUCUUGCCUGCCCUGUUGUUUGUUGAUUGCCUAUCUCUUGCCUGAUGCAUGUUUCAUCAAGCGAGUUGCAGAGUAAGCUUUAAUUAAGGGUAACAGGUUUCAUGACGUUGGUUAUCAACUUUCUCAGUCGACCCAGGUGUUAACCCAGAAUCAAGGUUUACUGAGCGUGCACGUGCUCAUAAGAGCCAGACGUUUGUAGCAAAUAGCCAAUAGCGCUCAACGUGGACAAUUGGUCAACAUGGCCAAAGUGCUGGAAAAUUGCUCAUUGUGUAAAUGCAUAAGUUUACUUUGCUCACAAUGAGAAUAAACGAUUUGAAAACUUACAA